AUGGCUGAAUCAGCUCCUCCAUCACAUGGCAUCCCGCGUCCAACCUUGAAUAGUCCAAAAACAGGGGUGCGAUACUUCUGGGCCUGUAGACCUCCACGUGGGUCUGCCCCUGCCUAUGAUCGGUUGAGGAAAGGUAUACUAACAAUAGGAGAUGAUGCUGGUGAAAUUGAUAUUUCCAAACUUGGAUUUAAAGAAAAGAAAUGCUUCCUCGAUAGGUUGGUGAAAUUGCCUGACGAGGAUAAUGAGAAGUUUUUAUUGAAACUCAGGAAUCGUAUUGAUCAGGUCGGAAUAACGACUCCAACUAUCGAAGUUAGAUUUGAGCAUCUAAAUGUCGAAGCAGAAGCUUCUGUAGGGGCCAAAGCUUUGCCAACAAUUCCUAAUUUCAUUGCUGGUAUACUUGAGGUCUAUGACUAG